GUGUUACAGGUGUGCGGGGAAGCAGCAGGAGUAAGAAUUUGAAAGAACAGCUGAUGGUUGGGAUUGUGGAGAAAAAUAGGAGGGUCUUUGCAGGAGGAAAACAAGCCCUGCAUGAGGAGAAGGAGGAGGUAGAAGAAGAAAGUGGGCGUGGCUACUGUACACAUAAGAGGGACACCAUGUAUAUUUAGUCAAACACAACCUCUCCGGUACAAGGCAAACAGAAGUCAGGUAUCUACGAAGCAGACCUGAAACAAACCCUGAGACAGAGAGAGAGAGAGGACUUUUGUGUUUGAGCUUUUUGGAAAGGAUGCUUUUGGUCACACCUGGAACAAGGAAGUGGUGAGGGGCUUUUUUUGUGUUGCAGUUUUUGUAGCCCACGUAAAGGACCAAUUUUGGUUGGACUAUGCGUUUUUCCCUUCACAAGAAACGGACAUUGUACGCACUGUAGUCUUACUUUUUUUGUACAUGUUUUUGUACUUCCUCACAUCGCUCCUAACCCUCACGAGCAUAGGCUGCUGACAGCGCACGAGCUAUACAACUUCCCUCAUCAGAUAACGACUCCACGUCUCAUCGAGCGUGUUUUUUUUUUACGCACACGGGAGACGUUUGAGCUCGAGUUGAGGUGGGAGCGCAGCCGGCAUCAGGUGCGGCAAGGCGGGUAGAGAAAAGUAAAAGAAAAAUCACCGACAGCCGAGACAACAAGAUGACAGACGGAGCCAGGCAACGUAGCAGCACGGCGGGGUCCGCGAAGGAUGCUGCCGGCGGGGGAAAGGACUCCGGAGGAGGUGUCGCGCUCAAGAAGGAAAUCGGGCUCGUGAGCGCAUGUGGUAUCAUUGUCGGUGAGUAGUUUUGUCCGCAUUCGUACCAUAGAGUUACAAACUUGUCUAAAUGUGCGUGAACAAUCCUAAAUUAUCUCUAAAAGUGCAUCAAUAUUAGCGUUUUUUAAAUUUCCUACAGCACGUGAAUGCGUCUUAGGCAGUACCUGAGCGUUUUGGGGUGCAAAUGGAUGAAAUAAUGAAGAGAAAUAAUGUGAAGAAUGAGUCAAGGGUUAAAAGUUAGACUUGCAUUAAACUUUGGCAGGUUCAAAUUUUACAUAGAUAGAAAAAAAAAAACUAUGAGAUAAAAAUGUGCAAAUAAUGAGUUAAAACAGCAAAACAAGAACGUAAGAAUUCACAUGUGCAGCCUUUCAUCAGUCACUCUUUCAUCAUCUCUCUGGAACCUGCUCACUUCUGAUGAAGGCGAUGACAGUCAUGUCGUCAGCCUCGCUCAUUCAGAACAGGUAGUAAGGUCACAUGACUGGCUUGGACUUAAGUGAGGUGGCAGGCUGGCAACACGUGGACUGUCAUAAAUGUCUCCACGCUUUUGAUUGCAUCAUUCUGACUGACAUAUAGGCCAAGUCGUCUCACUAUAGAAACAGUAUAGAACAACCUCUUUAAGACAUGCUAAUUAAAGAUAAGACUGAUUGACUUCAUUGUGAUUAACUAUAGAUUGUAAAUUUAUACAUUUUUGGUAGUUUUGCAGAUCUGUAUCUGCUAGGACAAGGAUUGUUCUGUGUAUGGAAGCCCAAAGCAGACAUGCAGCUGUAGAUUUUUUUUAAAUUUUAUAUUAUUUUUGUAUUUAUUGCAAAAAUAUAAACAAAUUCAUUUAAAGGGAUAAUACGGCGUAAAAUGAAUUUAGGGUCAAACACACGGCAACACCGAGUUAGACACCCCCUCAAGAGAUGAAUGUUGCCGACCGCUUCCUUCUGUAGUUAUACCAACUUUGGUAACGACUGCAGGAUAGCAAACCACAGCGGUCUGAGGAGCCAUACUCAAACCUCAACCAAAACGCCACUCUAUAGUCACAAAUAAUGCUCAGAACAGCACCUAACUUCAUCAACAGGACAUCUAGGGUCCCAGCUAUAGUACUAGCCACCAAACAUCUUUUUAACUUUGUCUAUUUUCUUUCGCAAAGAGACUAAACACAACUCACCUACUCUCUUCCAGCAGCCGCUUGUUUGUAGCGAGACCUCGGGCCAGUCUAUUACGGACUGCUGCGGGGUGCCGCAGCUCAAGGAAGAACAUUUUUGAUCAUUAAUUUAUCAUUUUCUUAAAGUAAUAAUCACCAUUUUAAUAUUUUUGCACUGCAGACGCGGUAGUUCUUCUGCCUUAGCGUAUCGGUCUGAUUGCGUUUCCAUUAAGAAAUGAUCACAAAUGUUCUUCCUUGAGCUAUGUCACCCCGCUGUAGUCUGUAAUGGACUUGCCUGAGGUUUUGCUUUUGUGAGUUGCGUUUAGUCUCUUUGCUAAAGAAAUCAGGCAAAGCUAAAAAGAUGUUUGGUGGCUAGUACUAUGACUGGGACCCUGUAUGUACUGUUAAUGAAGUUAGGUGCUGUUCUGAGCAUUAUUUGUGGCUAUAGAGUGACUUUUUGGUUGAGGUUUGUUUAUGGCUUCUCAGACCGCUGUGUAUUGCUAUCAUGCGGUCAUUACUAAAGUUGGUAUAACUAGAGAAGCAAGCAGUUGGCAACAUUAAUCUCUCAACAGGGUGUCUAACUCAGUGUUACGGUGUGUUUGACCCUAACUUAAUUUUACUCCGGAAUAUCCCUUUAAGUUAUUUUUCUUGAGAUCUUAUUUUACAUCAGAUGAUCUGAAACAAGUUGCGAAUUAGCAAACUGUAACUGCCUAGUGGUCAAAGUGGCUCAUGUAUAAAGUCCCUGAAGUGGUCGCUGUUUCGAUUCCUGACCGUGACCUUUUGCUCCAUGUCCCCCCCUCUCUUAACUCUCCAUAUUUAACAUUUAUGAAAGUCAAAAUACCUUAAAAUAUAGCUAAAAAACGUAGAAACAGGUUUAACCUGCCUAAUGCUUACUCAUUGAUGCUGACCAGCCUUGUGUUGUGUUGAUUAGACCUCAGAUAAUUAUUGUGUAAUCAUGAAAAAUCGACUUUUGUUUCCUCAAAAUUACAUAAUUAAUCUGAUGUAAGUGGAAACCAGCCUUGUUAUCUAAAGAAGUAAAGAAGUGCCUUUAAAAUUUCUACUAAUCAGGGAAAGUUUCGAUCAUUUUGUGGAGAAUAGUAGAAACGUGUGUUGCAAGUUGUUUUGAAGGUUUUGAGUCCAGGUCUGAAAGAAAAACAAGACUGAGGGGCUUCAAAGUGAGCUGAAAUGAAAAAUCAUUGAACAACAUAAUUGCCAUUUACCUGUCAGACAGCGGUUAAGAUAUGAGUCAAUGUCAGGCAAUAAACCUGACACGAUCAAUGUAACGUUGCGACACGAACGCAGCGGCUUUUCAUCAUUCAAUACAGACGAGUAACGACAUCAGCGGGACGAGCCGAUCGAUCAAUACAAACACAGAGAUGAAAUGAGGCUCAGGUCGCACCAGGUGGGCGCAGCAAUCGUACGGUCGACAUGUUGACCUUGUCAGGGUGAGGAGAAAAGAGAGAGGAGGGGUUGUUUCCAUGGUAACAGGAGGGGGGAAAAGUAAGAGUGAGUGAGAAUGAAUGAGUGUGGGAACUCCAGGGAGAUAAGGCGCAGCCUUCAGAAGAAGAAGAAGACGUUCGAACGCUUUAUCGUCCUCUGAUACGACUUAAAGUAUUGACAAAUCAUAAAAAUCCAUAAAACGCCUCAUUUAAACCACAAACUACAACUUAUCCCCCCUUAGCAGCGCCACCUUUGGACUGUAAUAUUUAGAUAGUUUGAUUACUUUAUGGAUCUCUCUUCAUUUAAUGAUUAAAAAAACAUGUUUGCAGAGCGCUCAUGCCGUCUUAAGGGACGGUUUUAUGGCCGUCCAGAGUUCACAACAUCUCCUCCGGCGGAGUCACCGGACUGAUCUUGGCGCGGAGCCUCGUUAUUUUCUGUCCUUGACAUAUCAUGUGGGAGAAAGACGUGCGCUCAGGUGACUCGUCUGAUCCUUUCCCUGGGAACAUGCCCUACUGGGUUUCCAUGAAAAAGGCGGGGAGUUUUGUGUGUGCAUGUAAGAGUAUGUGUGUGUGUGUGUGUGUGUGUGUGUGUGUGUGUGUUGGAGGGGGAUAUCAAACAGUUUUUACAGCCCAUUGUACUGUACAGCAAAAACAUAAAUGCAGGACAAAAGGCGGGAACUGGUAUCAGGAGUGAUCCAGUUUAGCCAAAUAUGCUUGUUUCUCAUAUCCUCAUUUAUCAGCCUUGACUUUCUGACUGAAAUCUUUGGUAUUGAAUUGUUAUUUUAGAUAAAACAGAUCAUUUUCUCUCUUGUUUACUGCGUGGUGGAGUAAUAACUCGCACUCAUGCGUGUACAGAAGCAGCCUGCCGGGUCUGAGAGGUUCUGGCCUCGGGCCAAGCCGCACAUUGCCUCAACUUGUCGGCUGUUUGAACAAAGAUUUACGGCUGAGAGGAAAUGCAAGAACUAAUCUUUGAGGCUUUUAUAAAGGCUGAUUAGUUAUAUCAUAAUGCUGCACAAACACACACUCGCACAAAGACACACAUGGCUCAUUAGUAUUCGGUCUGCGGGGGGUGUUAGCGGACUGAUGGAGAAUAACGCAUGCCACAUUCCUCUCAUUGGUUCAAGCUGUUGGGUAAAUGAUUGUUUUGAAGCAGGAAUUUUAAGGUGGAAAGUUUCCUAAAAUUAAAUAAGAGGCUGUCACAAGUUACCCCCUCAAACAGCGAAGUCAGGGCCGACUUAUAGCGAGCAGGUGGUUAUAAUAACAGGGUAAAAAGGCUCAACCUAAAGGGAUUCCCCGUCAAUAACCACCUGUUCACUAUCUAAAUGAUUGUAUGUAUUUUUUUAUGAAGUAUUUGUGUUGCUAAAAACAAUAGUUUGCCUGUUUUCUAGAAUUUUAUCACUUUUUUCCAGUAUAUAAUAGUUUGAUUUAUACAUAAUGAGAAAAAAAAUAUCAAGACAGCAUUUUUAAAAAGUUCAAAAUAACAAUUAAACUCAUGAAAAGCCGUCAUUUAGGGACAGUGGAAUUGAGCUAGGCUAUUUAAAGCUCCUAUAAGGAGUUUUUGGGUGUCCAUGAAACACCCUGAAAUUCAUAAGGAUGCUGUUUUAUCUUAUUCUAAAGCAAAAAAGACCGUUACCAUCAAGAUUGACAUUUCUGAUAUUGUCAUUUUAAUUCCUGAAUCUGAUGCUAGGGGGUAGGUGUCCGCCCUGUUUUUACAUAAACUUCUCAAUAAUUAGUAAUUUUUUUCUGUCAAAAGUCAGCAAGAAGAGCAAAGGCUGCUUUGUCCACAGGGGGCGCCAAAACUAACACAAACCAAAAAUUCCUUACAGGAGCUUUAAAGGAUCUCAAUGCCUAAUAAAAGAAGUUAUGUGUUGUCCGCAGAGCCUUGUCCAUUGCAUGAAAUGUGCGCAUGCCUCAAACCAAGCCUCUUCCUUAGAGAAACAACAAUCCAACAACAAAGGAGCAAACGAAAAUAUCCUGCGACAAAAGCUUUGUUACUCGAGCAUAAGUUACUCCAGAAAUUCGUCUAAGAGCUGUGGACAGAUUUGACCCCAAGAUAUCACAGUUUAGACGUUAUUAAGCUGAUACUAAAAAGAAAGAGAAAGAGAGAGAGAGAGAAGGUUUGACAGCAACAGAAAAAAAGUCAGGUUUCCCUCUUGGCCUGUUUUGGGACAAAGGAUGUAAAACCAAGCACAAGAGCAGGAAAUCUGAGCAGAUUCCACGUUAGUCAGCAUGUCUCGCACACUCAGCUACACUGCACCCAACUCGAAGCAACGUUCACGUUCACUCUUUAUUUUUCAAAUAUCCAGCAGCAACAGGUUCCCUUUUUAUUUGCAGCAGCAGUGUGGUCAAAAGUUGCUCUUGCAGCAGCGCAUCGGGGAGUUUGUACCGUCGAAGUGCUGAGUCAGCGCAUAGCUGAUUUUUCCCUGCUGUAACGUCAAAGGUCACAUACUGAAGACCACUGCAGCCAUAAAAAAGUCCACAUCAUUGGGAGUGUGAUAGUGUUUUUGUCGUACUUUUUAACCCUUUACCUUUAACUGGAGUUAUGUAACCGUCCCUCGUUUGCACGUGAUGCAUAUGGAAUACGUUAAAGCUGAACGAAACUGCAUGUCCUCACACCAGUUUGAGGACUUUCCUUUAGAUUGAAGUGUUUUAAAAGAAAGCAGAUGGUGAUUUUUUUUGUGCAGAGUGGCAGAUCUGAACCUCUUUCCUUUUGAUGUUGCAAUAUCAUCAUUUCCUUAAAAGACAACAGGAUGGUGCGUCGACAUCUGCGACUGGAGAUAGAAACCGUUUCUUCUUGUGUUUAUUCAAAGAUGUGUAAUUUAAAAGGAUUUAAAUGUGGAAAAAAGUUGCAGGACAAUGCAAACAUUUGCAAUUUGGCCAUUACUAAAUUGCCACAUGGUGCGUCUAUCUUGAGGUGUAGCAGAAGGUCAUAAACGGUGCUUCACUGGAAGUAGUAGCAGGAAACAGUAUCAUUCAUACCUUUGACUUUUGUACUGUAAAACACCACCCUGCCUAUCACCCUGUUAUGAUUUAAAGCCCUCGACCUUUGACCCUGGCGCCAACUUUAUUGGCCGGUGAGUCCAAGCGCAGCCAACCCCCAGUCAGCUGAAUCCCCUCCGACCUCCGACCUCGGCUUUGUCGACCAAGAACAAAUCGGGAGCGUUGUUUCUUUCAUGUGGGACCAGAACCCGAUCGCCCGUCCCUCCGUCUUUCACCUCCUCUCACUCUGAUUCUCACUGAACUUGUCAGGGCGUCCCACCACCUCCCCGUCGAUGCACUCUUUCACCUCGCUCGUUCUCUUGCUUCAUUUGCUCAUGAGUCUUUGCAAAGUCAGCAGGUUACAAGUUCCCAGAUUCGCCGCUGUUCUCUCUGGUUUUUCCCUUUUUGAAUCUGUCUACUCAUGACCUCAUUCUUUUUCCUGCUGACUUUCUCUGUCUGCCCUACAUACUCUUAGCAGAAAAAAACUAUUAAAAUUGUACUUGUUAGCAAUUAAAAUAUGUACGUCACAAUAUUAGAUUUUUACCUCAUGGUUUUUAAACACUAACCUCGUAUUUAUGGAAAACUUUAAAGCUCCAGUGGGUAAUUUUUUGACAUCUAAAGGUCCUUAAACACCAAAUAUACAACCCAAAAUUAUGAAAUAUUCAGGAAUAAAUAAAUAAAUUUGUUAAAUUUUAAGGACAGUUUGAUUUUUUGAUUUUCAGUACAUUUCAGGUCCAAAAAUAUUUUUGAAUUUUCUGGCCAUAAUUUGUGGUGUCAGGCAUUAAAGGGCUACACUUUCCCCCAAAAAGCUACAAAGACUUUCUUUUUUUAAUCUGACGUCUCCUUUCUCCACCAGGUAACAUCAUCGGCUCAGGUAUCUUCGUCAGUCCGAAGGGAGUGCUGGAGAACGCCAGCUCUGUGGGCGUGGCUUUAUUCGUCUGGAUCAUCACAGGUGUCAUCACAGCCAUCGGGGCGCUGUGCUACGCGGAGCUGGGCGUCACCAUCCCCAAGUCGGGGGGAGACUACUCCUACGUUAAAGACAUCUUUGGAGGGCUGGCAGGGUGAGUGAAAACUGAACUCUCACAUACGACACACAGUCAUCUACAUAUAUGGACACGAUCCAGGGGGCGUUUUAGGUGUUAUUUCUAAGAAUGAUGACUCAAUUAGCAGGUCAUUUUGAAACAAAGUGACACAUAUUAAAAAAAAAGAAGAGUCUGACUCAGUUCGUUUUUGAUGUGCAGGAAACUCGCACAGGUUUGUGGUUUUCCGUCAGGUUGGCUGGGACUUUUUUUUGUACAGUAGUUUGACACGAUCUAGUGGUUUUAAUCAACUUUUGUAUGUUUUUUGUAAAACAGUUUGGGUUUUGGCUUUGAGCCGUUAAAGCAGUUUACAUAAGAGUCAGGGCUAAAUUUUUGCAAAAUGUUUAUUUAAUGAAUAAAUCCAGAAUUAAACCCAGUUCAGAAGUACUUACCAGAGGUGGGGGAAAGUCCCUAUGUUGCAAGUCCAAGUCGAGUCUCAAAUCUUUGCUCUCAAGUCUCGAGUCAAGCCCAAGUCCUUUGCUCUCAAGUCUUGAGUCAAGUCCAAGUCAACACAGACAAGUCUCAAGUCAAGUCCAAGUCCUGAACUUUUUGUUUCGAGUCCCAACCAAGUCCUUACCAAGUGAUUUAUGUUCAGUCCUCCCGGUGUUGUCGUUAUGAGGGAGGCUAGAGUUUGAGACAGUGUUGCCAAGUUUCGUGGGAGAAAUAAGGAAACAGACCUCCAGAAACAAGCGAAUUUUUUUGCGGGAAAUAAGCAGACUUGGCAACACAACACGGUGUUACCAACAGCCGUAAUUCCUGACAAUUAGUUGAUGCGACACUUUUUAAACGGUUUGGGCUGUAAGGUAUUAAGUGACUUGAAAAGACUUGACUUGACUUUUCAAGUCACUGGGCUCAAGUCAAGUCAAGUCUCAAGUCUUUAGCAAUCAAGUCCCAAGUGAGUUCAAGUCAUUUCUUGAUUUCAUCAAGCAAGUCAAAAACGGGACUCAAGUCCAAGUCGAGUCUCGAGUCGAGUCAUCAAGCCCCCACCUCUGGUAUUUACCAUUAGCCAUGUAGCCAAAUUUUCAAGAAAAAGGGGCCUCUUGAGCUGCCCUAGAUAACUUGACAAGAUAAGGGUGACCACAAUGACAUAUAUUGAGUUACUGCUCUAGCAAUUAAUUUUGUUUAAGAGGACAUAAUUGGUUAAAAUAUAAAAAGUCGCUUUAACUGUCAAAACUACUUUUUUAAUUCUUUUUAAAAGUUUUUGUGAGUAAAUUUCGUCACUUUUGUUAAAAAUGCCUCUUCUGUCAGAGAAUAACCCCUUAAAAGAAAUCCCAUGAAGUUCAGGCUUUAGUUCAAUUAAAAAUUAACUAUAAAGACAUUUUCAGUCUUAAGAUGAUGGUAAUUUUGUGCUUUUUUGGACCAUACAGAGGUAUAUUUUUGAAGCAAAGAGCAGUGACGAUAAGCUGUGUUAUAAGAUGGGAAGGCAUCAAACCGUGACUGAUCAAAGUGUGACCCACAGUGCAGUUUCACACAGAGUGAAAAAUGUCAGGCAGCUGUGGGGGGUUUACCGGUCUGAGUUUCCUUACAACCCACAGCAUGUUUUCAUUCAUUCAUAAAUAGUCAGCUCUAAGGUGAAGCCGCUUACAGUAAACGCUUGGGAACCACACUGGGGUAAUUUCCUAGCAAAACAAUGUCGUUUGUUAGCGUAGAUUUCACACACUGUGCCUUUUUACUCAGACUGUAAACACAGAUUAGACCAUUGUUUUAAUAACUAUCACAAAGGUAAAUAUUAUCGGGGUAUUUCGGGAGAGGAAUUCACCCAGACAAAACAGUCAUUGAUUGUUUUUGCGCCUUUGUACCGGAGCUAUCAAUACACAUCAAUGAAGUUUUGGGUCGGCGGACUUUGUAGUUUGUGGCGACAGAAGUGUCGGGGCCACGACGUUUCCGUGUGCCCUCUGUGUAGGAUAAAUAAGCUGCUUUCAAGGGUGUGUUUGUUGUAGUUGUCUUUCUCCUCAUGUUUGUGUUUUCACAGGGAUGUGCUAUAUUUGCAGGUGUGUAUAUGAACAACUGUAGUGACAGGUAUUCUUACAUCGCCUUGUUGCAGCGAGACAAAAAGUGACCCUGUAGAGGAGGGUGAAGAUUUUGUACAGACACAGUACAAAAGCUUCUUGUUAUGUCAGAGUAAUAGAGGUUGUGUAAGACUCAUUAUGUGAGGUAUAUAGACUAGUGUCCAGUCAUUAUAUGAACUCGGUCAGAGUAUACAAAGGGAAAGAACAGCUGUUUGUGCUAUAGAGGAAGCUCAUUUCCACCUUCUUCUCAGUAGCCUAUUUGGACUUCCGAGUCCUCUACCAGUACUUUUAAAAGACAAAUGUAACAUCCAAUUAAAGGGAUAUUCUGGCGUAAAAUUAAUUUAGGGUCACACACACUGUAACACCAAGUUGGACACCCCAAUCGAGAGGUGAAUGUUGCCGACCACUUGCUUCUCUAGUUAAACUAACUUUAGUAAUGUCCGCACGAUAGCAAUACACAGAGGUCUGAGGAGCCAUAAACAAACCUCAACCAAAACAUCUUUUUAGCUUUGCCUAAUUUCUUUAGCAAAGAGACUAAACACAACUCACCCACUCUCAUCCAGCUGCCGCUUGUUUGUUGAGACAUAUGUUGAUCAUAAAUGUUCUUCCUUGAGCUGCGGCACCCUGCUGCAGUCCGUAAUGGACUGGCCGAGGUCUCGCUACAAACAAGCAGCUGCUGGAAGAGAGUAGGUGAGUUGUGUUUAGUCUCUUUGUUAAAGAAAUUAGGCAAAGUUAAAAAGAUGUUUGGUGGCUAGUACUAUGGCUAGGACCCUAUAUGUACUUUUGAUGAAGUUGGGUGCUGUUCUGAAUAUUAUUUGUGGCUAUAGAGUGGUGUUUUGGUUGAGCGCGUGGCUCCUGGGACCGCUGUGUAUUGCUAUCGUGCGGUCGUUACUAACAAGUGGCAAGCGGCUGGCAACAUUCAUCUCUUGUCAUGUCUAACUCAGUGUUACAGUGUGUUUGACCCUAACUUAAUUUUUUUAUGCCAGAAUAUCCCUUUAAGAGGUAAUAGUGAACAGGCGGUUCUGCAAAUUUGAAUCCUGACAGGGUGCUAAUUUGCAUGAGCACCUGUUCACACUUCAUAAUCCUGCUUAUUACACAGCUAUGUAAAAAAGAGGGUUUUAAUAUCGCUGAUGCAACAUCCUGCAGGUUGUGUUCGACUGAUGCAACACUUUGAUGUGUUGACUGAGGUGCUGUUAGGUCUCCAGCCAUGUGUUGCAAAACUGGAGGUUUCAGGCACGACCGAAACAUGAUUUUCAGUUUCAGAUGUAGACUUAAGAUUUUCCCGUCGUGUCCAGAACUCAGGUUUAAAUUUCUGACAUUCUAGCGAGAUGCAAUCCCAUUAACGCAGUCAGGUGGACUGAUCCCUCCCUGUGAGCUUUCAGAGGAUCUCAUGGAAAAACCACUCGCCUGGUCUCUACUAUGAAAACCCUCUCUCUCUCUCUCUCUCUCUCUCUCUCUCUAUGUUACCUCUCAUGUCACCUCAAACACCCCUCCCCCCUCCUUAUUAAUCUGUUUGUUCAGGCUUUAUUGAGCGCUCAUGUCACUGCUGACGGGGCUUGCAUCAUUGUGUGACUCAUCUUUGCCAUUUUGCGGCGUUGCCUUGUUCCCUUUUUUGUGUAUCUAUCUUCUUUUCAUGUGUAGAUACAUAAUCUAAAUUAAUAUUAAGAGUUUAUUAAAUCCAUCCAUCAAUGUCAGCUGCAGUCUAGGGGCGAUAAAGCAUUGGCGUCUGGAAUAAUCUUGUCUCCAACAUUAGGAAAACGGGCGACAAAUCACGGCAAAACACAAAACCGGUGAUUAAAAAUGGUGAAACUGGCUAAUGUCAGUCGUGUGUUGCUCUAUUUUUGACUCAUGUUGGUCGAUGACUGUGCUGUGAAAACACACCAGCAGUUUGUAAGGCUGCAUGAGUCACCCCGUGUAAACCUGCCGCCAGACUGGAAUUAGUUUGGCUGGUUCACGGUGUUUGCCACGGCUUUGUCUGAAGGAGAUUCAGCUGUGUUUUUGAGACGGGCCCCCGAGGCAGGAAAACCGUCAUUAGUUUAUUUCCUUUGUUUAAUCCAGACUGGAGAAUAUGAGAAACAAAAAUUAAAACUCUUUUUAUAAAAACACUUUUAUUUCCUUAUUCCACCUCAGGGCUUCAGUUAUUUUCCAUCGUGACACAAAACGAACUCCUGAGGAUUGUCGCCUACAGAAAAGCACAUAAAGAACUGAAACUGAGGUCAAAGAUAUGAGUCAAGUGAUGAGAUUUAAGUUUCAAUAAGAGUCGACAUGUAACAGCAUGGGUGUCUCCUUUUGUGGCUUUGUCUCGAGAUUUAUGUGCAGAUUAAUCUCCUGAAUUUGUUGACUAAUUGUUCAACUGGCUUCAACAAACAAAAAAGAUUCAGAACUCAAGAUGGAAAACCAAAAAAUACUUCAUACUUCAUAACCGUGUCACUCUACCCGCAGGUUCCUUCGUCUCUGGAUCGCCGUGUUGGUGAUCUACCCGACUAACCAGGCUGUGAUCGCCCUGACGUUUUCCAACUACGUCCUGCAGCCUCUGUUCCCCACCUGCUUCCCGCCAGAGAACGGCCUGCGUCUGCUCGCCGCCGUCUGCCUCUGUGAGUAACACAUUUUCACGGUCAUUUACUCUGAAAGGGUUAAGCGGUCUCUCUUCCACUGUCAGCAAAUAAACAAAUAAAAACAGCUCCUUUCCUGUUUGACAAGUAUUGUGGUGUGCCAGCUGUGUGCCACGACAGUAAUACUCAUCAUAGGAAUGUAAACAAUGAGAAUCUAGUUCAUGCAUCUGUGAGAGCUUCCUCCCUCUCUUCUGAGCCAAAGUAAGUGGUUCAAACCUGAUUUCCCUUUAUGGGAAAUAAUACAGAAGAAACACAACUAUGAGAUCAAAUGUAUAGGAAGAAACAGGGGUAACACAGCCGGGGCUUAAAGGGAUAUUCCGGCGUAAAAUUAAGUUAGGGUCAAACACACCGUAACACCGAGUUAGACACCCCUGUCCAGAGAUGAAUGUUGCUUCUCUAGUUGUACCAACUUUAGUAACGACCGCACAAUAGCAAUACAGAGAGCCACACGCUCAACCAAAACGCCACUCUAUAGCCACAAAUAAUGCUCAGAACUGCACCUAACUUCAUCAACAGUACAUAUAGGGUCCUAGCCACAGUUCUAGCCAUUAUGGACUACAGUGGGGUGACACAGCUCAAGGAAGAACAUUUAUGAUCAUUACUUCAUGGAAAUGCAAUCAGACCGAGACGCUAAGGCAGAAGAACUACCACGUCUGUAGUGCAAAAUGAUUAAUAUGAUGAUUAUUACUUCAAGGAAAUGAUAAAGAAAUGAUCGUAAAUGUUCUUCCUUGAGCUGCGUCCCCCCGCAGUAGUUCCGUUAUGUACUGGCCCAAGGUCUUGCUACAAACAAGCGGCUGCUGGAAGAGAGUAGGUGAGUUGUGUUACAGUGUGUUUGACCCUAACUUAAUUUUACACCGGAAUUUUCCUUUAAUAUUGAUCAGUCUUGAUUAGGUCAAAAUCGUAACUGUGAUUUAAAACGAAUUAACGGCCCAAAUCGUAGAGGAUUGACAGCACGUCAAAGAAACAGCCUUCUUUACGUUUUGAAAACCAAAUAAUCCCAACGAGUGACACUUUUGGCUUGACUUUUAAAAAUGUAAAAUAAUACUUAACCAUGCACACGAUAAGAUCAGUGAAGAAGCACUGAAUCAACACAGAUAAGCUCCUCACAGCAGCUUUGACAAGCCUGGCUAGAUAAGAUGAAUACCUCUGCACUGGGCCGUUAGAGUUGAAGUUAGCUAGCUUAACUCAGCUAAGCUCGGCUAGUCUAGCGAUGCUAAAGAACGAACUAAAACAAGAAACAAAAAAACACUUUCAAGACUUCUUUACAAGACUUUGGGAACUAACUACACAGUUAAGGUCCAUGUGCGGCAGCGAGCUUUAAAAGCGCUGGUUUUGAAACCACUCGCCUGUUUCCCCCCACUUCCAGUCUUGCUCGUUGCUAACUGCUGAGCUUGGAGACUUGGUUUUAAUCCUCUUAUCUAACUUUUGGCAAGAACGAAAAUAAGCCCAAAAUAUGUCUAAGUAUUAUUAAAUAUAAUAAAGACUUAAUUCACACUAAAGCAGGCGACAUUUUUUCCUCUUUUGCUCUCCGUUAGCAUGAGCUGACAGCUUCCCCUUCACAGUGGAAUGGUCUGAAUGACUGAUCUGAAAUAGCGAAGAUAGCCUGCCUGUGCCUGUCGAAACCUGCUCUGACAUUCUUAAACUAAAUGUAAAACCGUACUGUAAAUAAAAAAUGACAACCUAACAAUAACCGUGCACAGAAGUGACGCCGUGAUAGGACGUUCAGGUGUGACACCUGCUGCUGGACUCAUUACUGAAGUGACUCACAUGCUGUGCGGGUCUUUGUGCACUAACCUCUCAAGCAUGCGCUCCCCUGCAGCAGCGUGGCUUUGUCAGUUGCAUCAUCAAAGCUAUUAAGAUAAUUUUAAGCAGUCAAACCGGAUUCAUCCAGUUUAUGUCACUCUCUGACCCACUUUCUCUCUUUGCCUCUGGAGUCAGUCUGCUGCUCAGCCCUCAGUCAGAGAAGUGUAGAAGUGAAUGUGUGACAAGAUGAAUGGAUAAAUGUGUUGCCGCUGACAUGACGGCGGUCGAUUUGAAUCCCUCGACAAAGUUCACACACACAGACCAAAUACUGCAGGUAGUCUUCAGACAGGAUAGGAGAAGACUGCGUGUAUUGUGAGUGUGAGAGGGGAUGACAAAACCAGACUGUUCACUGUUGAUGCCGUAAUCUGACCUGUUAAAUAACAUCUAGCUUUAAGAUUCACAAAAAACAAUCACUGCUUGUUGUGGUAGAAAAGCGGAUUUAUUUGAUGAUGUUUUUUUAACAUCAUCUUCUGGUUUUCUGAGUUACUUCUUCCAAAAAAAAAACAUUUCUCAGAGCCAAUAUUGAAACUCGUUUUUCAGUUUACUGAUAAAUGAUGCGUUAAAAAACGGUGCUGGCAGAUACAUCUUCGCAUGCACGAUUUCGCUUUGACUGGCAGCUACUGUCACUUUUGCUUGACGACAUAUCACAGCUGCAACUAUCUAAAUCAAUCAAUCAUGUUUCAUUCAUGCCGUGCCAAAUCGCUUCAAAAGUGAUCUCGGGACGCUCAGGACUACUCUAAGUGAAAGAAAACAAACAUAACCCACCUGUAAGCAAAGACUUGGCAACAGUAACUUCCUUUAAACAGGCAGAAAACCUCCAGCAGGACCAGACACACAUGUGUAGAGCCAUCUGCAAGGACUGGUUGUUGACUCCUUGUUGUUUAUUUGCCCUUAAAAGACGUCCUGUAACAAGCUGCUGACUUGGGUUUAGUCAUCUGUACUCAGUGAACUACGAGUUCAACCGGAAUGGCAACAUCUGCUGAGAAACAACUAGUGUUGAUCAGAAAAACUUGAAGUAAAACGAUAAAAUGUUAUGAGUAUGGCACACCUCAUACAAAGUGGUAAUAUUUUACAAUAAAUAAAUAACAGAAGAGGAUAAAUCAAAUAAGGAAAAACAGACUAAAUGGACAUAGAGGUGGAGCUGAGGCCGUGAUAAUAACAAUAAUAGAGAAAUAAGUCAAAUAGAGCAAAGAUGUUUAUAAACCAGAUGGUGAAUGUUUCAUUUUUGAUGUUUCAUUAUGGGCUCCAAUGGGUUAUUUUUGGUGUUUGGUGCCAGCCUCAAGUGGACACUCAAGGAACUGCAGUUUUUGUGCAAAACCAAGCAAACAGAUGACUAACAGUGUCACAGUCCAGGGUUAAACAACAGAAAAAGGACCCAAACGCAGAACAAAAAAGGAUUUAAUUAAAAAGAAGUAAAUGAAAAAACAACAAAAACUUUUUUUAAAAUGUCCAACUAAAGGCACAGAGGAACAAAAACACAAGGAGACUAAAGGUUUACACGUAGACUACACAGAAGCACACACACAUAUCGAUAUACAAUUUACCAACAAGGACAGAGGGGAAGACAGGGACUAUAUAUACACACUGAGUAACGAGCAACAGGUGAGGCUAACGAGCAACAGGUGAAACUCAUGAGUGAUUAACAAAGGAGGGAAAAUUAGGCAAGUAUAAACAGACUAGAAACAAAGGGAGGAAAUACUACAAAAUAAAACAGGAAACACUGAAAACUGAUAUUAAGAAAAAAAAAAGAAAAACACAGAUAAUAGGAGGGAAACAACACAAACUGAAAACUCAAGACUGGACUACAGGGGAACAAAACAGAACAUAUCAUGAUAAACAGAAAAUGACAUUUAAUCACUGAAAAGAAGUUAACACUCUAAUCUAAUCCAACUCUAUUGUCUAAAAAAACAGGUGAAGGAAAGUUGAAAUUUUGUCAGUUUUGCCAAAUUCAAAGUGUCAAAGAGCCUCCAGGUCUUUGAAUUGGAGUAUGGAGGAGUUUUUUUGGGGACACACAUCAAACUUAUCCGCUUAUCCUCACUCAAACUAAAGGACUGAAAUGCUCCCUCUUUGACAGAUGUGGUAUUGACACAUUCAUGAGACGGCACAACCUUGGCCACCCCGAGGGCUUUUGUGGUAUUUUCUCUAGAUGAUGGAUGCUGUGACCUACAUUAAGCUACCUUCCUUUGUCCUAGUUAUGGAUGCCUUAGGGCGAAAUAUGCUAACUUCAGCUAACCGUCAUUACUCUGGUUUGUUUUUAGCCAAAUGGCUCAGACCGGUUUGUUUUUGUCUCAGUCGCACACGUGUUGUCAGGCAGAAAACUUGUGUCUUUUUUUUUUUCAUGGGCUUGCAGUCUUGUUUGUCUGUUGUUGUUCUGGCAAAAAUGGGUGAGAGGUUAGCUGUUUCUCCACUCCUCCCAUGUCAUCCUUGUUUAUCUGAAUCCGUGGUCGGCUAAACUGGUCCCCUUGCAGAAUAUUAUAUAAUGGUGUUCAGGCUAUAACCUUACCGGUUUAAAUCAUGACGAAGUUUCUUGACAGUGAGACCAGACGCCGCCGGUUCUCUAGGGUCGUUUUAAUCUGCAAAGCAUUUCCAAGGUGUACAGUUACAAAAACACGUGUGCUUGGGAUGGAGGGUGGAGGGGGUCUCCCUGGGGUCCGUCUCUUCCUACAGAUGGCAAAGGGCGAGGUCAUAACUCAGUCAUGUUUUCCAGCGGGCUUGCAGUUAACUCAGCAAGUUUCCUUCACACACACAUAUACACAUUUUGUGUACUCAGCUUUCCGUCAGCCGAGCAGCCCCUUUGGUUUCUAAGAAUGUGUUCUCAGGUGUUUACUAGCAGCCUGUCAGUCAAAACCGAGGGACAGAAGGAACACGGCUUGUUACUGUAAUGAAGCACGUUUGAAAAAGAUCAGCUGUGGUGGUUCACUAAGGAGGUUUAAAACGAUUUGGACCGGCCAGUUGUAGGUUAGGUAAUUGUGCUUGUGUGUAUCAAAUCAAGUCAUAAGCCGAUCUAGAUGCAUACUUUCUUAUUUCCUGUUUUUCUUUGUGCACAAUGAAGCUCCCCCCCUUUCCUCACUUACUUCUGCUGUCGUAUUUUUUUCUUUUUUUUUGCAAAGGAAGUUUAAGUCACAACUUCUCCCUCUUUUGCCCCCUUAAUACACCCACUCGCAAACAUCAAAAACAUCUGCACAACAUCCACAGUUCAUGUGGCUCUGCUCCCCCGCAGCUAAACUCAGAGUUACUUAAUGUGAGUCAAACAGGCCAAUUACUUAAUGGCACCCCAUUGGACUGAACCCACUGGCCUGUUUCACUCAGCGGUUCGGAUCAAACCCAUUAACUUUGUCUGUGUUAGGUCAGAGUUGAGAUGGGUUUUGAAAUUUGUUCUCUGGUUUGAUUCAAGCUUAAUGAGAGGAACGUGGUUAACAGCUUUAUUACUCUUAUUACCUAAUAAUGAAAACAGCCCUGUUUCAUCAGGCAGACUAAGUAGGCUGUAAUAUGUAAGAAUCAGAGUUAACCUCUGCUUAACUAGGACCUAUAAAGAUCCAGAUCCAAAACAAAAACUGUCUAAUGCUUCAUUUUGAGAAUUUAAUUAGCAGAGGUCAGUUUAAACAAUUUAGUUAGAGUACAGUGUCAUCAGGAUGCAAGAUAAUGAUGAAAUGGUACUACAAUAAGUUAAUAUUAUCAUGAUAUGUUGUCAGGGUAGUUACCACAACAUCUAUUGUAAAAAAGUGCUUAAACUUUACCACAUAAAAAUGAUGCGGUAUAAUUAUGAUUCAUUACUGCAAUACAAGGCAAUACUGUAUUAUCAUGAUACAAUCUUAUUACAAUACAAUAUUAUCAUGACAGGAAAUCAUGAUACAAUGUUAUUACAGUAAAUAUUAUCAUGAUUCAAUGUUAUUACAAUACAAUAUUGUCAUGAUAGAAAAUCAUGAUUAUAUUAUCAUGAUACAAUGUUAUAACAAUGCAAUAUUACAGUGACAGUAUUAUCAUGAUACAAUGUUAUUACAAUCCAAUAUUAUCAUGACAGGAAAGCAUGAAACAAUGUUAUUAAAUACAAUAUUAUCAUGACAGAAAAUCAUGAUACAAUUUUAUGACAGUACAAUAUUAUCAUGAUACAAUGUUAUUACAAUGCAAUAUUAUCAUGACAGUAUUAUCAUGAUACAAUGUUAUUACAAUACAAUAUUAUCAUGAUACAGUAUCAUCAUGUUUAAAUGUCACAAUACAAUGUUAUAAUUAUACAAUAUUAUCAUGAUACAGUAUCAUCAUGUUAUAAUGUCAUGACACAGUGGUAUUACACUACAGCAUUCUCACUUUCCAAUGUUUACACAAUGCAAUAUUAUCAUGCCACAAUAUUUUUAUGGUUCAACAUGAUCACAAUACAUAAUUAUCAUGAUACAUCAUGAAUAAUUUAGAAUUUUGUAUUGUUACAAUGUUAUCACAAUACAGUAUUUUUACACUACAGAUUAAUUAUGAUGAUAUAUUGUUUUCACAGUAUGUUACUUUCUAGUUCUGACAUUUUUUAAAUUAUGAUCCAUUUUUACAGUAUAGCACCAUCAAAUGAUGCAAUGGUGUCACCAUGUAGUAUUGUAUCACAAUAUGUUAUCAUGACACAAUAAUAUCCCAAAGCAGUAUCUUCAUGUUGCAAAAUUAUAACAAUGCAAUGUAAUGAUGAUGCAACAUCAUUGUUACAUAAUAUCAUCAAGACGCUACUUUGUCAUGGUGCAAUAUCAUGACAAAAUACAAGCACAAUAUAUUAUAUGAUAUAAUUAUGUCACAACAUUAUCAUAAUACAUUUACUUUACAAUAUGCCCUUGCUAGAAUGCAAUGAUGUGAAAAAUUCUGAUAUGCUUAGUUGUGAUUACAUGCGUUACAUUAUUAGCAUUUAGAAAGAGAACAAGUAACCAAAGAAAACAACCUUUUAGUAUCUAUUAAGCAAACUGGGUUAACCUUUGUUUUAAUCUCAUAUCAGUUAUUUUUAUUGCAGUUGAAUGGUAUCGCUAACACUGCCAUAAAACCUGCCAGGUAUCUGACUGUUGAACCUGAAACACAGGUUACACAGUCAAACUAAACUGGGUCUAAUGGAAGUUAACACAAAUGAUGUAACUGCAACAUAAGAUUUAAAAAAUUUAUUUCAAUAGUAUUAUAUGCAGUUAUGAUCUGAAUAUGUACUAUCUGUCUUUUGCAUGAGAUGGAUACAGGGACAGGUUUGCGGUAGCUCCAAAGAAAAGAUAACUUCUGUCUGUAAGUCACAGGGCGUAGAGAUAACGGGUGAAGUUCAACGCAACAAUGCAGCGGUGGAGUCAAAGGUCGGAUGUUCGACGUUGUGACACGUCGCGUUGUUUGUUCAGCUUUUAAUCUUCCUUCAUCCACUGACCUGAGAACAGUUCACUCUCCAUUGUGAAAACUUCAAAGCCUUUGACCUUAAAGUUUGCGUCCAAACGGUUUAUCAUGCGGUGACGGCAGCCAGUUGUGCAAUUCUUGGAGAUAAUCUACAGUUGCAGACAAUGCAUGGAGCGGUUUAUUUGCAACAAUAAAACACUGAACACAUAAACCUUUAAUCUCUGCAACAUUACCAUCAGUGUAGUCAGCACAGUCUCAUGUAUUCAAAUGACCCUAGUUAUCUUCUGUUUCGAUGAAAUUAACCGAUCUUUUUCUUUCUUGUGCUUUCAGUGCUGCUGACAUGGGUGAACUGCUCCAGCGUCCGGUGGGCCACAAGGGUGCAGGACAUUUUCACCGCCGGCAAACUCCUGGCCCUCGCCCUCAUCAUCAUCAUGGGCAUUGUGCAGAUCUGCAAAGGUACGUCUCAUCUGCUGGUUUUUGCGGAUGCGUUCUUGGAAAAUAUUAGACACACACACACCAAACUCGGUCACCGGGGACGUCUUCGUUCAUCCGGGCUCGCCUAACGACGCCACAGGGGUCAGUGAGUUGUUAGGGGCCCUCACAUUGCUAACAUCAGCACGCCUGCGUGGGUUCUCUAUCACAACACGGCUGAGAACCUGUUGAUUCUGGGGCCACAACGAGCGGGCCCCUGAAACAACAAAAUCCGGAUUUUUGUGCAAGUAUUUCAAAGUAAAGAAAGAGUUUCGUGGCGGAUUUGCUCGGGGGACUCGAGGUCAUACAUGUGGGGAAAGUAUUUAGCGGGGAUUUCAGGAAAAAUGCAACAACAAAGGCUAAAGAAAGCAAGCCGAUUAUUCGGUGGAUUUUUCAUGUACGUCACAUUACACAGAUUUAGAGGAAUGACUUUUACGAUGUGUUUUACACACAUGGGCUGAUUAAGAAGAUGGUUUUCAGCUGGGGGAAGCCCAAGCUUUAGUGGAAACAGAUUAGUUUACCCCCACAACAAAACAACACUUGCAAAAACCUGUAAAAGUGGUAAAAAAACUGACUCGUGUGUCUGGAAACCUGAAAAAUUAGUAGUUUUAAAGAACUUCUUCUUCUGAAAACUUGACUUAAGCUGUUUUAUCGUCUUCUUCACUUUUAGGAGAGUACUAUUGGUUGGAGCCAGCCAACGCCUUCGAGCCUUUCCAGGAGUACGACGUGGGUUUGAUAGCCUUAGCGUUCCUACAAGGUUCCUUCGCCUAUGGAGGGUGGAACUUCCUCAACUACGUCACAGAGGAGCUGGUGGACCCCUACGUGUAAGAGAAAAUGCUCUUUAGAAGUAUUUGUAGAAAAAAGCUGCCUCUGCAGUUUUCGACCGACUGGUUUUAAAGCUGCUUCUCGCUGAUUUAGUGAUUAGCGGUUGCAUACCAAAUCGGCUUGCCGGUUUAAUCCCUGAUCCUUUUUGUUUGGGCCUUCUGAACUUUGGAGAAGUUCUCACUAUCAUGCCAGAAACAUUUCUUAAAGAGGGAUUUUACUUAUUUCGUAAUUCACAAGGCUUCAUCACUUCUUCUCAAUCAUGGUUUCAUUUUCACGCACAUCCUCUGAGCCUCAAAUUUUAAUCCUCUUAAUUUCCUCUUUUAUAAAAUCAACUCUUUUCAUCGUUUUUCAGGAACCUCCCUCGUGCCAUCUUCAUCUCCAUCCCCCUCGUCACAUUCGUGUAUGUCUUCGCCAACAUCGCCUACGUCACCGCGAUGAGUCCCCAGGAGCUGCUCGCCUCUAAUGCUGUCGCCGUGGUGAGUGUGACAUCAUUCAAAAGCCCUCGCACGUUGACGCGGAAAGACUCUGUCGCCCUCUAGUGGUCAAACUAACUAUUAUCCGCUUUUUCAUCUCUGCUCCAGACGUUUGGAGAUAAGUUGCUGGGAGUCAUGGCGUGGAUCAUGCCCAUCUCUGUGGCGCUUUCCACCUUCGGAGGGGUCAACGGUUCCCUCUUCACGUCUUCACGGUUAGUCUGCUUGAUCAUGACUUCUUCUUCUUCUUCUUCUUCUUGUGGUCAAACUCAGGAGCAUGUAUCAGACUGUGCAGUACGUGACUUUGUGAAUUGAAGUGCAUCAGAAAUAAAGAAGUCGAGAUGAACUGGGCGUUUGUUUCCCACAGUUUGUUCUUCGCCGGAGCCAGAGAGGGUCACCUCCCCAGUCUGCUGGCUAUGAUUCACGUUAAACGCUGCACCCCCAUCCCUGCUCUGCUCUUCACCGUGAGUGCUCCUCUCCACUCCAUGUUUUUCCCACUUUCAAGUCUUUUACAUCUCUAAGUAUUCUCCUCGUGUUCCUCCUCAGUGCCUGUCCACCCUGCUCAUGUUGUGCACCAGCGACAUGUACACCCUCAUCAACUACGUGGGCUUCAUCAACUACCUCUUCUACGGAGUCACUGUCGCCGGGCAGAUCGUGCUGCGGUAUAAACAACCUGACAUGCACCGACCAAUCAAGGUUUGUUUGACGCGCUACUGUCAAGGUGUAAAAAUCAAGUCUGCUUUAAAGGAGAGCCUGAAAAUAAACUUGUAAAUGCUGCCCCCAAGUGGUGUAAAGAGGGAACUACCAGUGUAGAAUGACUUGAUUGUUUAACUGAUGGUUCCUCGCUGGUUCCUCUACAGAUCAGUCUAAUCUGGCCGGUUAUUUACCUCCUCUUCUGGGCCUUCCUGCUCAUCUUCUCGCUCUACUCGGAGCCCGUGGUGUGCGGCAUCGGCCUGGCCAUCAUGCUGACCGGCGUCCCCGUCUAUUUCCUGGGAGUCUACUGGGACAACAAGCCGCAGUGCUUCGAUGCGUUUGUCGGUAAGUGAAACAUGAACUUUUCCAAACUGGACAAAGUUGCAUAAAGUUUGACAUAGGGUGACCAUAUUCUGACACGACUACGCGGGGGUGGAGUCACGGAGUCACACUAAGUUUUUUGGGUUGGAUGGAGUGUCUUUUACACGCUUCUAACUCAGUAAGUCCACGUGACACAAAAUCGAAACUUAAGUUCAAAUCUGUGGACAUUUGAAGGAUUUUAUAAACUUCCAGACGAACCCGGACGGCCUAGACCUGAUUUUUUUUUUUUUUUUGUAGGAUGGUAGGGCAAAGUCCCACCUCCUUCGCCUCUGAUUGGCUAGAAAAGCUGGAAACGUCAUCACUUGCUCAAGUCAAACGAGGGCUGUCGGCUCUGUACAUCGAACAGAUGAUUACAGAACAUUAUCGCACUUAUCAAUCUCCUAACCCUAACCCUAACCUGACAAUGACGAUUCACAGCCAUGAGGAAUAAUUGGAGCCCAGCUCUUCUAGCCAAUCAGAGGUGAAGGAGGGCGGGACCUUCCCCUACCAUCCAACAAAAAAACAAAAAAUCGCAGCCCCCCAAAAAGACAUGUCCGGGUAAAAGAGGACGUAAAGUCAUCCUAGUUUUACAUCAUUGCAUGAACUUACUGUGGUAUUAACCAACUCUUAGACAUUUAAGGUCCUUACACACCGGGGCCAAUAUAGAACGUGAAAUUGCGAAAUAUUCGGAGGCGAGUUUUGACGCGCCUUACUAUACACAUCAAGCCCGAUGCGAUUUUGCGACUUGUCCCGCCUCCUUUGCCUCUGUUUGGCUAGAAAAGCUGGAAACGUCAUCACACACUCAAGCCAAACGGUCAGCACCGAUCAGAGGCGAUAAGAUAAGCGCAUGAAACUAUGGUAACAACCGUUAGCUUACGUUAGCACAGAUGAAAGUUAAAACAAAGACGUUUAGCAAACUGUUAAAGCACACAAACCAUCGUCAUAUGAGAAAUCCGACGCUAUGACUCUCCACAAGUUGUCCUUGAUAUACCGAUGAAUCUGACGUCGCAACAACACAAAAUCUUAUUGGUCAGAAGUGGACACACAGUAUGCGAAACUUUAGAAAAAAAUAAACGCUGCAAUAUUGCAGGACAGGAAAACGUCACUGAUGUGAACGCUUGUAUUGACAGGAUACGGGUUCAGAAAAAAAUACUGACGUCCGAAAUAAUCGCACGAAAAAAACGCUCCCGGUGUGAAAGGACCUUUCGGCAUUUAGAAACACUGUUUUGCACAUAUGUUUCCCUUCUCACGUCACAGAACUUCUUCCUCCUCCAGAUAAGAUGACGUACUUGGGUCAGAAGUUCUGCGUGGUGGUUUACCCGGCUGAGGAUAAGAGCGGCGGGAGCAGCGAGGAAGGAGAAGAAAUGACGGAGGCCCGGUCUCCUCUGUCUAAGGAGGACGGCGAAAACCACAAAUCAGCGGACUGCUAAAAACACCCGUCUUUGACCUCUCACCUGUACCCCCCCCUAAAACAGACAUGUCCAGACGCACCUGUGGGCGCGCACACACUCACGACACACAGGCAAACAUAUCAAAGUGGAUUUGCCGAUCAACACUCUGUGCUCGCACACUCUGUCUUCGGUGUUUGUUCGGGUAUUUUUUUUUAUCCUUUUCUCAGUUGAUUUCUGUGCCAAAUACCUGAAAUGAGAUGUUUAGAGUAACGUGACCUCAGGUUGCUCCUCGAGGUCUUUCAAAUGUGCAAUAAAAAAAACAAAAAAUAAAACGGUAGCACCUUUUAAAACCUUCACACAUCUGAAACAGACACAUCGAACCUUUUACUCUUCAUCAUCUUCAUUAUCAUCUGUCUCUCCACACACUCCCUGCACACUCCUACUGUAAGAGAGUCGACGUCUUUUUUUUUUUUGUUUUUUUUUAUUAGUAUUUUUUAUUUUUAUCAAUGGACUGUGACGGCUGCGCGAACGCUUUUUCUUGUUUUUGUUUUAUUUUUCUUCUUUUUUUUUAAUUGUAAAAUUUUGCUUCUUUUCAACACCAAAGCUGUAUUUUGAUUGGUUGAGGCAGAAAAUCAGAUUCAGAUCAAGUCAUUUUACGCGGAGAAAGUACACUAUAGUACUCUGUUUUGUUUUAAAACUGGCUGUGAUUCCCAAAUGUUUCUCUUUUUUAUAUAUAUAUAUUUGUAAUUGUGGUAAUUGUUUGUAUCUUUUGUUUCAUAGUAGUUUAAAAGUGUUUAAUUAUAAUUUUAUCAAUAUUCUUUUUUUCUAUUCGACAUCAUUUACAUCUGGGUCUAUUUUUUACUCUUCAAUCGUGGAAGCUGAUGUGUGAUCUGGUCUUUAUCGCCUUAAUUCGAAGAUUUCUGUAUUUGGGUGCCAUCGCGGUUUGCUCGGAGCAAAGCUUAACGCUCACAACUUUUGAGGUGUCUGUUUAUAUGAACUUCCUGUACGGACACUACACACGAUUAAUCCGUUUCAACUUCGAGAACAAGAACGAAAAGAGAGGAUUAAACGACAGAUCUCACCGCAUUUGGAAAGAGUGCGAACCCGUAUACCGACACGCGUGAAUGCUUGUGUGAGAAUCAGUUUUGACGACAUGUUUUAACAGCGGAAGUAUUUUUUUAACUCUCUGUCUAGCUGUGUUAAAAUCUUUCUCUUUCUUUAGGGUGUAGAAUUGAGAACUUAUAAUGAAAAAAAGGCAAUUUUUUUUUAUUCACUAGAAGAGAUUUUAGUGCAAUAUUAAUGUAAGCAAUAGCAAGGAAAACUGAACACGCGCCCCUGAUUGAAUAACUGUGUUGUCUGGUUCAAAUAAUGUAUCUGUGUGUAUGCUGUAUAUUAUAGUAACAACACUCUUACGCCUAACACUGUGUACUCUUGUGUCUUUCUAUAACCUCUGAGUGUCUCAGGGCAUCCCCACUGCCUUCUCCUUCUACACACACUGCCUAAAACCUCCGAACCGUGAAAACUCAACUCUUCGACUGAUUUGCCUCUUUGCUAAAAGUCUGUACGGAUGCGUUUACAGAUUGAUUUCCUCAGGAGACUCCAUCUCUGAAGCUAUCCCAAGUUAACUAUCAAGAGUAUGAUGAAGUUAGGCCAGUAUUGUUUCGGUUUCUCUUGUCAGACUUUAAGGGGAACAGGGUGUCUUGGAUGUCUUACAAGUACAAUGACUGUGUUUUUGUGCCUGUACGGUUGUUGUGUAUAUACACACAUAUCAUGAUGAUCUGUAUAUUGUCUCUUUAGUGAAUAAAAACCACUGACUCAUGUUUGAAUCUGUAAUUCAAGGCCUCAUUUAUGCUUGUAAUAAAAAAGUGCUCCUUGUAUUAUAUCUUUUAUUUCAUUUUGCAAUCAUUCAAGCUCAGCUGGACCUGUUUCUGUCCAUAAAUGAGGCCUGAACAUGAUCCACUUCAAAAACCUUUUUAAUUCUUAACUGUAAACAAAGCAGAAAAGGUUUAACACCUAAAAUAAAUCUUAAAGCUCUGUAGAAGUCAUGUUUUAUCUAUUUUCUUGAGGUUCCUGCUCUAACUUAAAGCCAAACAAGCCUUCAGUGCUCUCUGUUUGUCAGUUUUCUGUCAGUAAUCAUGUUUCUCAAUAAUAUCACAAAACUCUGAUCCGUCAUUUCUUGUAUCUGAUCUGAGUUGCCUUUUUCAGUCCACCAAUCAGAAAGAAAAUCUUGACUGACGUGAUGAUCACAGUUCGGCGUAUUUUUUGUACAAAAAAAAAAGAUAAUGUACGUACUGGUGGUGAGAGUGUGGUGAGAAUAAAUACCAUAAAGUGGAGGGAUUGAUUCAUGAGUCUUUUGUGCUACUG